UGACGUCAGCUGACUGCCUGCCUCGGCUGUGCUCUUCGCUCCAGACAUAGUGCUGCUGCUGAAAAAAUGCUGCUCUCUGUGCCGCCGAGGACAGGAUUCAACCCAUACAACGGCUAUACAAACAGAACUAGUAAAAAGCCGACGUAUGUGUCUUCCAGCCACCAGAUGGCUCUACCCAGCCCCAACCACACCACCACCAGCAGUAACGGCAGCCUCAGCGCAGAGCAGCUGAGCAAAACUAACCUCUACAUCCGCGGCCUCCACCCGGGAACCACAGACCAGGACCUGGUCAAAUUGUGUCAGCCGUAUGGAAAAAUUAUGUCCACUAAAGCCAUCCUGGACAAGACCACCAACAAAUGCAAAGGCUAUGGCUUUGUUGACUUUGACAGUCCGUCCGCUGCACAGAAAGCAGUGACCGCACUGAAAGCUGGUGGAGUCCAGGCUCAGAUGGCUAAGCAACAGGAGCAGGACCCCACUAACCUGUACAUUUCCAACCUGCCUGUGUCCAUGGAUGAGCAGGAGCUGGAGAAUAUACUGAAGCCCUUCAGUCAGGUCAUCUCUACACGCAUCCUCAGAGACGCCAACGGCACCAGCAGAGGAGUGGGCUUUGCCAGGAUGGAGUCAACAGAGAAAUGUGAGACUAUCAUUCAACAUUUCAAUGGCAAAUAUAUCAAGACUCCACCUGGAGUACCAGUGCCCUUGGAACCCCUGUUAUGUAAGUUUGCAGAUGGAGGACAGAAGAAGAGACAGAGCCAGGGAAAGUACCUGCAGAAUGGCCGUCCCUGGACAACAGAUGGGGAAACGGGAGGAAUGACACUGACCUAUGACCCCACCACAGCCUUGCAGAACGGAUUCUACUCUCCCUACAGUAUGGCCCCUAACAGAAUGAUAGCUCAGACAUCCCUCGCCCCCUACAUGCACUCUCCUGUUAAUACCUACCAGAUCCACAGUCCACAGUCCUGGAUGCAUCAUCAUCAGUCGUACCUCAUGCAGCCCUCAGGCCAAGUCCUGACGCCGGGCAUGGACCACACCAUGUCCAUCCAGCCAAGCCCUAUGAUGGGGCCUCUCACACAGCAGCUCAGCCACCUCUCUAUGGGCAGCAGUGGCACGUAUAUGCCUGCAAACACAUCUAUGCAAGGGACCUACAUCCCCCAGUACACCCAAGUGCCUCAGACCACUGUUUCAGUCGAGGAAAGUGCCAUCCAACAACAGGUUUCCCUGGAGACUCCCACAGAACACACAGGUUACUCCUAUCAGCUUAGAAAGUGAAGAGGAGGGACAGGUGGGUUAUACUAGAGUCUAUUUCCUGGGCCACCUGCGGUCCAUACAGCUCAGCUCAGUGCAUAGUGACUCUGGACAGAAGCACCAGACAGUCACACUAAGGACAAAAGGAUAUUUUAAAAUCAGAGGCUAUGGUAAACUCUCGAAUACAGAUGAAUGGAUACUGUGAAAACAAACAGAACAUGGAGCAUCUAUUUUGACCACAGAACAUGACUCUACAGUCGAAGAAAGAGAAACACACACACACAGGAUUUUUUUGUGCACAUAUUAACAAAUUAUUUUCCUAAAUAUUCUGGGGAGCCAGAAUGAAAUCAGGAUCAUAAAGUUACAACAACAUGUGUUGUCAAUUAGCUGUACUUUUUUUGUAAAAUAUGCUGAUUUCGUUUUUCAUUUCAUCAUCUGUUAUUUGUAAGCUUUUCACCUGAAUUCUUUGUUAUAGAUUCAAAAAGUCACGAAUCAAAGAUUUUUUUCUUCAUUUCACAAUGCCAUUGCUGUUUUUGUUCACUUCACCGUGUUUUUACUGGUAAAUGUUUGACGAGAGAAGGCUGAACCAACUGCUUCAGUUACUUAGAUUAUAGAAGGUGUCAUAUCUGGUACUAUCAACUGAGAUACGGUUUUUAGCACUUGGGUCCCUAGUUGAAAUUCUCACAAUAAUUCUCAGAAUCUAAAUAGAUAUUUAGUAAUAAAGCUUAAGACAAUCAAACAUUGAAUUGAUUAUUUCCUGAUUCUGGCCAAUUAUAAAAAAAAUAUAUAUGCUUGAUUAAAUUUGACAUGAAAUACAUUUAGUUGCUGGUUAUAUUUGAGGAAUUUAAUCUUAUAUUGCUCCAAUGCCAACCAACAACAUAAAUAAGUAUUUACAUUUGGUUUUAGUGGGUUAAGCUGCUACCCUUUAAACAGACCCAAAGUUGUUGUUAGGAGUUCACAUUAUUGAGUGUUGCGCUAGUAGUUUUAACAAGGAAAUUCGAGAUCCAAAACCUGCGGCCAGUUGGCUACUGAGAUGAUGUGUCUUUUUGCUCCCACAAACGCUACUUUCUCUCUGUCUGUUUAUAGAUGCCUCUGUUUUUGUUUUGAUUCCGAGUGACUGUUUUUUUAUUUAAAGAAAGUUUGUGAGAUUUUUUAUUCGAUUUAAUACUUUUCAGAUUGAUACAUUUUAUUUUUGGUAGUGUGCAUUGAGUAGUUACAUGUUUCUAUGGACAAGUAGAUCUGUUUUUUGAAAGAUUUGUUGUCUUUUCAUUUUGGAAUAAUGUCCGUCAUUACCUUCAUUUUUGUUUUUCUUGUUCUCAAUCUGUUUUAAUUUCAAUAACUUGGAAAAUGCUCUAAAUGUUUGAGAGAUUUCAAAUCAGUCUGUGUCAUCAGUUUUGGCACAUUCGCCAUUUAAAGAGGUAUGCUCAACUGCUCAUCACUCCAAGAUAAUUAUGGGCUCUAUUCAAUCCCAAUUGAAAUUUAAAGGCAAUGUUCCCGCAUCGGUGGAGACCGCAUUCACGGUAAACGCUGGAUUUUGUCGGCUCAAUUGGAAAUUACCUUUAAAUGUCUAUUGCGCAAUCCAUAACACGUCAGCUUCACAGACUGAAUCGAGCUCUAAGUAUAAUACCUCUUAGAAAUGAUUUCAGAAAUGUGUCCUACGUGGUAGAGUAGUCACUAAAUCAGUAGUUAGGGAAUGCAGUGUGAAAAGUAACAUUACCUCCUACGCAACAAAAGCAAUGUAAAGUCAGCUGAGUGUUCUUGGGCAAGAUUCGGAGACGUUUCCUAAACUCAUAAUUUCUAUGGUUCUCUAGGCUGUCCCGCACAGUCACAGCGGGUACUGUCUCCAUAGCUUCACUCUUCCGUCAAACGUUCAUAAACCAGGCCUAAAUCCCAGGUCAAACAUCCAAUCAGACUGUUUUGUUUCUUAAAAAGGCCAGUGAUCUAUGCAAUAAAAAAAAAAAAACAUCCACAAUAACGCAAUACUUACGCUGUAAGAACUUUUGAUUUUUCAGGUGACAACAAUGGGCUGUUUGUCAAUAGUGACUUUUGAAACUUUUAUUUUAGUUCAUCCAAAACGUUUAGUUGUAAGAUUAUACGCCUCGUUGUUCAUCUAAUUACAGUGAGAUCGCUGCAUUGAUGGGAAUGUCUGUAUAUGCUCUGCAGGCUAUCUACUACCCCUAACCUUAAAUCGGUGAUAGUAUGACCAUCUGUAGAACAUCUCCAGAUGGACUAUCCAAAUAAAGUGUUACCAUGUUUUCAUGGCUCAUGAGUUUGGAGAAAAAUCACUCGGCUAUCUUGCUAAAGGCCUCACACCAUCUCCUAAAAAUGGGAUACUGACUACCUUGUCCAUCCAGAUACACAGUCCUUAUUGUUGGUCAACCAAAAUAUUGGUUGUUGCUUUUUUGUUUGUUACCAAAGACAUCAUCCGGUAGACAUUAAGACAUUUCUAAGUGAUCAAUGCUUGGUUUAGAAUACAUCUGCAGGUCUUUCUUUUUCCUUGAUUUGUGACUGUACAUGAAAAGGUGUGUUGACACUAGUAAUAAGCUUUAUGAAUUGUCUCCUGAAUUAAUUUGUGGUAGGAAGAAUAUGAUCAGAAAUGCCUUAUAGAUUUCAUCAAGAGAGGAUUUAAAAGGGUGCUACACACUAAAUUGCUAUCUGGAAACAUUCAUGCACUGUCUGCAAAUAGUUUGAUAAAACAGGAAUUAUUUCUUGUAAUAUUUACGUCCACGUAGUAUCAGUCUUUGGAAACCACCAUUUAAUGUUUGUUACACUCCUUUAUUUUGAGGCCAUAAUCAUUCCAGAUUUUUGUUUAAAUCAAAAAUAUUCAGCAUUCGUUUGAGAUGUCAGAAUGCCCUUGCCCUUUGCCGUAGUUCAGACAAUCAUAUACAAUGAAGUCCACUUGAAACAUCUUGCUGCUAAUUUAGGAUUUUAAAGGUUGCGUAGGAGUGGGCUCUACUGCUUAGUCUUUCAUUGUACAAUGCCAACUAGAGGGAGAAAAUAUUAGUUGAAGCUCCGUCCAGCAAUAAGUCAUCCACGUCAUGUAAGGUCAGAGUCAGACAGGUUAAAAAGGAACACAUUUCAUAGUCAUUGGCUCACAGCCUUAACAUCUACUAUCCCCUGGCUUUAUCAAGUCCAUUAUAAAGCAAUCGUGUACAAUCUUAUUCACUUUUGUCAAUCAUUAAUUUGUCCUUAUGCGCCACACUAGCAGGUCUAUUGCUGUGUUUAAACAGGCAGCCCGAUUCGGCUAUUUUUCUAAUUGUGAUGCCUGUGUAAACACAGCCUAAAAAGAUCCCCUUUCUAGGCUAACAGCUUUUCAAAAUGUUUUUUUUUGGGGGGGGUUUGAUGUUGUUUUUGAACUAGGUCAUUUUUUUUAAUUAAAAGGAAUCCACUUAUUUUCUUUUUUAAA